AUGUCGGCAGUGGCUGGCUCGCUUGGCGACUCGACAUCCGAAGCGUCGCUUGACAACAACGGCCUAGUGUUUACGCGAAGCAUCCACCAAUACAGUGGUCUCUGUUACACAAACGAUCACAAAUGGUGUUCAUUCCUGCGGUCGGCGCUGUCGAGUCCUUCCACUGGCCCCGAUCAGACCAAUUUCGAGACCUUCGCGUCCAGUCUCGACUCGUGUGACGCGAUUCCUUGGACCAUCGUCAACUUGGGAUGGGGAAAGAGUCAGUCACCACAAGCAGCGGUUCCCAGGGGAUUGGUGCUUUUCUUCAUUUCCUGGCUUCGAGUAAUCCACGUUGGUCUGCGGAUUGAACUAGGCCUCGUUGCAUGGUCUCGCCCAGGCCCCCUACCCACCGUACCCAGCAGCACACGAGUAUACCAUGUAUCCCAUGCGACAAAUGCAAGUCCGCGCUGCCUCCUCAAGAACUCCCGGCCAUGUCAUGUGAUAACACCCCCCGGGGGGAAUGGGCUGAUCACGAGCUCGACGCGGCACCAGCAAUCCCUUCUCAUCCCGGUCACUUUGACCCGCUCGCCUGUGUUGGCGUUGCCAGGUGGCCAGCACGGACUCGACAAGUUCUCGGCUGCCAAUGACCGGUCGCACGAAGAUAGCCUAACACACUUUAGGUUGAAGUGUCUCGCCCAGGGUCUUGUCUCCACUCCCGCGAUUGGGCCGCAAAUCGGCGGCUUUGCGAUGGACUAUCCACAUUCCACUGUCAACCCUGUAUGGCACUCUAAUCCUCUUUGA